AACACAAAACAAUGUCCAACGAUAUUCGUAAUUAAACUCCGCGUGUGGCAACACCGCGCUCAUCUGGGCGGCCCGAAAUAGUGGCACGAGGGGGGGCAUCAGUAGUCGCGGCGGUGCCGCUCACGCCGCCCGCGCUAUGGCGUCCGUCGCCGCUUGGCUGCCCUUCGCCCGAGCAGCCGCCAUCGGAUGGGUUCCCAUCGCCACGCACCCGCUGCCGCCGCCCCCAGUCCCCAAGGACCGCCGCCGCGCCGAAGACGAGAAGCUCCUCAUUAACGUCUCCGGACGACGCUUCGAGACAUGGCGAAACACCCUCGAGAAAUACCCCGACUCCCUCCUCGGCUCCACCGAGAGAGAAUUCUUCUACGACGAAGACAGCAGAGAGUAUUUCUUCGACAGAGACCCGGAUAUAUUCCGACACAUAUUAAAUUAUUACAGAACUGGCAAGUUGCACUACCCCAAACACGAAUGUUUAACGGGAUACGACGAGGAGCUCGCUUUCUUUGGGAUCCUACCUGACGUGAUCGGAGACUGCUGCUAUGAGGACUACAGAGAUAGGAAACGGGAGAAUGCCGAGAGGCUCAUGGACGAUAAAUUAAGUGAGGCGGGAGAUCAGAGCCUGCCCCAACUGACAGACUUGCGGCAGAAGAUGUGGCGAGCGUUCGAGAACCCCCACACUUCGACUGCCGCCCUGGUAUUCUACUAUGUGACUGGGUUCUUCAUCGCGGUGUCGGUGAUGGCGAACGUAGUGGAAACAGUGCCGUGCGGCCACCGGCCCGGCCGCGCUGGGACCCUGCCGUGUGGCGAGCGGUACAAAAUCGUGUUCUUCUGCUUAGACACAGCGUGUGUGAUGAUAUUUACAGCGGAGUACCUGCUCCGACUGUUCGCGGCGCCGGAUCGCUGCAAGUUCGUGAGAUCCGUCAUGUCGAUCAUUGACGUGGUGGCCAUCCUGCCGUACUACAUCGGUCUCGGGAUAACCGACAACGACGACGUGUCGGGAGCCUUCGUGACCCUGAGGGUGUUCAGAGUGUUCCGUAUCUUCAAGUUCUCCAGGCACUCUCAGGGCUUGCGUAUCCUGGGUUACACGUUGAAGUCGUGCGCCAGUGAACUGGGCUUCUUGGUAUUCUCGUUGGCGAUGGCCAUCAUCAUCUUCGCCACAGUGAUGUUCUACGCUGAGAAGAACGAACAAGAUACCAAUUUCACAUCCAUUCCUGCCGCCUUCUGGUACACCAUCGUGACAAUGACGACGCUGGGAUACGGCGACAUGGUACCAGGUACCAUAGCAGGCAAGAUCGUAGGAGGAGUCUGCUCCCUGUCCGGAGUGCUGGUCAUAGCGCUGCCGGUGCCCGUCAUCGUGUCCAACUUCUCCAGGAUCUACCAUCAGAACCAGAGGGCUGAUAAGAGGAAGGCUCAGAGGAAAGCCCGCCUCGCCCGAAUCCGCAUCGCCAAAGCCUCCUCCGGAGCUGCCUUCGUGUCAAAGAAGAAGGCAGCUGAAGCCCGCCUGGCUGCCCAGGAGUCGGGCGUAGAACUAGAUGAUGCUGGAAGAGACGAGGACAUCUUCGAGUUGCAGCACCACCACUUACUGCGAUGCCUCGAGCGCACCACGGUGGGUGAAGACCGUGAAUUCGUGGAAAUGGAGAACCCCUUCAAUGGAGCAGCCAAACGGGCUGGGUCCCCGUCUCCGCUAGCGUCGCCCGCGCACUCUGGUCGCGCGCCUGCGCUGUUGGCGUGUUGCGCAAGAUGUGGCUGCUGCCCACAGAAGUAUCAGGUCCUGCUAUUAGACUCGAGUAGGAAGGGAAGAAAGGGGGGGAGGCGGUACACGUCGACCUCUCGACCCUCCGACACGUCAGUGUCCGCUGCGCCCAGCGAAGAUCCAUUACCACAAGCGUGUGGCAAAUACAUUCCUGCCGGGAGCACAGUGCAGGGCAAUCAGACUGGUGUCGCCAUGGACGGGACUUAUCUAGUGGAGGCAUCCUUCUAGGGUCCAUCCACCAGCCACAUGGAGACAUAUGUAUAGCCCAUGCAAGUGAACCUAUCACGGACAUGAAUCAAAGCCUAGUUCACACUAGCACGCGACACACGUCGUACCAAAACAACAAUUAUUAGAAUUAUAAAUCUGUGUAACAUGUUCUAAGUCUAACACGAUACUGCCUAACAUUAAAAAAAAAUAUCAGAUUUGUAUUUUGCGAGUUUCGGAGUGAGUUAUGGACACAGAGUUUUACACUGUGAUUUUUAAAAUGGAAUAGUCCAUUUCUUGUUCCAUUCCAUUUUUAAAAGACUUCUGUAGUGCCAUUCCAUUUCGAUUACCGGAAUGUGCUCUGGAAUGGAAGAAACGGCUGGAAAUGGAAUGCAUUUCUGGAUUGUGACAUGAAAGAAAUGGAAGAUAUUUGGGAUUGUGGUCUUAAUCUCUGGAACGUAAUGUUCUUUCGCGUCCUCUCCGUGUAGUUUCUUUUAUCCGUAUUAGUAAUAAAACAGUAUUAAUUAAGAUUUUAAAUGUUAAUGGUGAACGGAUAGAAUCUUGCUUCUUGUAACAACGAGAUAAAAUUAUGUGAAAAUGGUAUUGUCUUUAGACUUUCUUGUGAGAGGCGUUUUUAGAAAAGACAACUAGAUUCAAAUUUCAGUAUAGUCAAUAGUUAUUCGAGUCAUAUCAACAUUAGGCAGUUAUAUAGACGUACCGGUAUGUUGUAAUUAAACUGUUCAUAGUUGAAGUCAUUUCUGGGGGUCCUAAGUUAAUAAAUAGUAUGUAUAAGUAAAUAAAAUAGAAAAAAAUCUAGUCAUGAAUGAAAAAGUAACACAAAUGCAACGUGAAUUUUUAAUAAUUUAUUUUUACAUUGCAUUUUCAAAAGAUGCGAUUUCUAGUCAAAAGUCAAUGUGAUCGAAUUACAUUUUUGAAAUUAUAAAUUAUUUGCAUUUUUAAUUUUAAGUUGUCAAACAUCGAAUGUUAUUUUAGAUUUUAUAAUUUAAUUUUAGUGUUAGGUUUUUUGAACUAAAAUUCAAAAUCUGUCUAUUUGUAAUAUCUACGUUUAAAAUCUUGAGAUAUUCAUACAUAAUUAUUUUGUCAAAGUUUUUAGAGGUUUAAAUAAUUUCCCGACAUUUUUCAAAACUGGACCUUCCGAUGACUUUGAUUGUGGACAUACUCAAGGUCCCAACUUUUGAAAUACUACUUAUUUUUUAUUUAUUUUAAUUUAUAUCACUAGAACUCUAGUGCCUUCAAUAUUUGUUAUUUCCAAAAAAUCGUUGCUCUGUGUUAGUGAGGCGUAAAUUUUAGUGUUGUAACGAUGCGUCAGAUAUCGAUAGUCGAUACGUCGAUAUGACGUAACGCUGUGUAUUUGUAAAGGACUUGUUGCGUCAAAGUGACGUAUUGAGCCGUGUAUAAAUGUAUUCGAGGUGGAUUAUUUACGUCGUCCGACCGUAGUGCUGGAAUAUGACAUGUGAAAUGUGACAGAGUAUCUUGGCAGACAGUUGAAUGUAUUUUUGAUCUCUAAAAGUAAUAUUCAAUUGUUAUAAAUCUCCUAAAUUAAGAUUGAACGCAGUAUGACGUACUGAUGAGCGAGGAAAUGAAGUUAUGUUUAUAUUUUUAAGAUUUUUGAACAAAAGUACAUUUAACUGUAUGUUCUACUUGCCAUGCGCAUGAUCAGAAACAUAACGACAUUACCGAUGUCACUAGUAGAGACCCCCUAUCAUAGACCAGUCUUAUGAUUGCAUUAGUAUGAAAUAAUGUUAUAAUAAUAGAUAGAGAAUUUAUGUGGUUACAUUAGAGAUUUAUUUAAUUAUAUGUUAAUAAACUAGCGUUAAGACGAAUAGUGUUUAAGUAAAAAUUUAUUGCAUUGAAUGCAUGAUUUUAAAAUUGUAGAUACAUACGUAUUUUUUUCACCAUGCUUUCUCUCCAAAUGUGUCUUUUAAAGUUAUCGAUAAAAAAUAUAAAUUGUAAAUCGUGUUGUUUCACGUCACUACGCGUUGGGUAACGCUUCAAUUUUUAAAUUUUAAAUUUAUUAAUCAGUAUACUAUGUAAAUUGUUUCUUACGGAAUUAAAUUUUUAAUAAAAUAAUCUACCUUCGAUUUACUGAAGUGUAAAAUCGCUUGCCAGAUUUUAUGGUCUAAAUACUAAGGGAGAUAACUUCCAAUUUCUUUGAAGUAAUUCCUAUAUAGUCUACUUAAACUUACUUGUAGACAUAAGCGUUAUUUAAAGUAAUACUUGAAUAACGGCGGGUUCUAAAAUGGUGCCUCGAAUCAAAAGCGGACCAUUUGAAUCCAAGAUUAGACAGCUCGUGAAGAAAGCAUGGUUUUAAACAAAAUCUUUUUGUUUUUAGUUCAUAAUAUUUAUCGUAGUCAUUAUGAAACCGAAUUCGAUGUUAAUAAAAUGUUUCUUCCAAAGUAUUGCCACAAUUUCUACUAAAUAUAAUGAGAAAUGUGUUGUACUCAAUAAAAUAAUUUGGUAAUAUUGUAAGUCUAGGAGUCGAGUAAAUAAAUCGAGAAAUUUUCUUUUUAAUUUGAAAGAAAUGCUGAGUCAUUUUUGGUAAAUUGGAAAAAGGUUUAAAUUGCAAGGUUUUCUUGAAUUUUAAAAGCGAGAGGGUUCCCAUUCGAACGAAGAAAGACUUAUAAAAAUUAACAGCUGCUUUGUGCUACGCCAUUACGAUAUAAAAGACUAAAAACAACUUAAUAUUAAAUUGUUACAUUUUACAAUUUAGCAUUAAUUUAAACUUAGGAAUUGGACUAUAAUAAAUCCUAUUAAGUCUCAAUUUUGAUACAGGCUAGCAGUACUUCAAGCUACUUCAAUCUGUCAAAUAAGUUCAAUAGAUUUUCAACUUUAUCUUUUGCACAUAAGAUUGAAUGUUGACUGGAAAACAGGUUGUAGUAGCUUGAAUUGCUUUUGUACCAAAUGUCCUUAAUAGAGAUAUUCCUCGAGGCGCCAUCGCUUUGAAGCGCACCUGUAUUAUUCCUCGGAACGCACUUUUUAGUAGUGCUCCCGAUAAUGAUGACAACAAUAUAGGUGCGCCUCAAAAUUGUGGCGCUUCAAAACUUUGGCGCUUCGAGGAAUACCCGGUUGGAGUAUCUUGAUUUUCUGGUUUCUGUAUAAAUAAAAAAUUGGUAUGCUAAAUUGUAUAAAGUAAUGUAGAUAUUCAAGAAAUAACUUGCAAUUUAAACAGAAAAUACUCGUUUAAAUAUAAUUUGUUAUAUGUGGUCCACACCCCUGUGAUUCUAUGGCUGUUUUACCAUUAUUUACUGUUUCGGUUUCAAGCUUAAUUUUUGUGUUGAAGUGAUAAUUUUUAUGAAAUAUAUUUUUUAGAUUUGAAAAAAAUGCCGGUUGCAGGAUAUAGGGAUACAAGCAUGACUUAUGCAAUUUUAGCCUGUCAAAUACUUAAGCCAAAUUAUGUAAUGCUUUAAUUUUAUUUUGUUUAUACAAUUUCAGAAUUUUUAGAGUCGUUUUUAUUAUUCACAAUGAAACUUCCAGUACCUAACGAUAGUUUUCUUUGAAAAUAUAUUUCAUAAAAAUCAUUACACUUCAACAAUGUAUUUAUCUGAAAGAUAUUUCGUCUUUCAGUUUCUCAAAUUUUAUUUUCUGUUAUGUUUUUAAAAUAUUCUAUCAAAAAUGUUUCUUGUUUUUUAGUUUUGUUAUUUAAUUUUUUUUAGUUUCAAUGAUAUUAUGUCGCUUUCAAAAUUAAGAUAAAAUUAUUUUGAGAAGUGUUGCUGUGGUGAUAAAAUUUUGGAUUUUUAACUACAUGAUAUAAACACCGUCCUUAAUCGGUAAUCAACAGAAUUCUGAUAAUAAUCAAUUAAAAUCUUAUUAAUUAGCUCAAUUGAUCACACAGUAACAUUUUUCAAAAUUAAAAAUCUUUUUUAAACAAUUCACUGAUAUUUUACUGUGUGUUUUCAAGACUGUAUUGUUUAAGUAAUUAAAAAAUCUAUUUAAAAAGAUGGUCAUGCUCGGAAAAAUAAAAUAAAA